GUAUUGGAAAUGGAGAUUCGUACUAACCCCUUUAGCAGGUUUUAUGUUCCACCAUUUAUUUGUGCAGCUAGCCUCGCUGCAACAGCGAUGGGGACAGCGGUUUUCUUUUACAGGUGGCGGAAAGAAACGGCGGAGAUCGGGACUCAGACGGAGUGGGAGACCGUGGAGGUUGGGAGCCAGGCUGGAUGGGAAACGGCAGAGCAGGGAACCCAGUCGGUUUGUGUGACAGCCGAGGCUGAGACUCAGUCCGUUUGGGAAACGGCUGAGGCCGGGACCCAAGCGGAGGGGGAAACGGCCGAGGCUGGAACUCAGGCUUACUGGGAAACCAGCGAGGUCGGCACUCAGGCGACGUGGGAAUCUGCGGAGGCCGACACUCAAGCGGAUUGGACUGACGUGUUCUUCCUUGCGAUGAAGAUGGCAUCCCACAUGGGCCUUCUGGAUGCUGAGCAUGGACCAGUGCUGCUGUGUGGGACUCAGGAAGUCCAGAACACACGACUGACGGUGGGGUUCGAGCACGCUGAGUGGUUCUCCAGCGGUCCGCGGUGGGUGGAGGUGAAGCUCACUUGCACAGAGAAGCUGGAUGAGUCCCUGAAGAGGCAGUGGUUUGUCCUGACCAACACUUUCCACGUCGAGACCCCAGAGGGAGGCCGUGUGCAGUACGCUUCGGUGAAGUGCGUUACUUACAUCAAGCGCGACUGUGGUAAGAUCAUCCACGUGUCAUCUCACAUGGAGACGGACGCCACGUUUUAUUUGGAGAUGGCUGGAGUCCUGAUGGUCGAGACGUCUACGACCUUCAAGGGGAUGACCAUCGCUGCAGAUGGAACGGUGUCGACCACGGAGCGAACUCACACCGUCAGUGUCCCCGCUCCUACCUUCCCUUUUCCUCAGCCUGGCUUCUCUCCUGAUGCUCCUGAUGCUGCUGGGCCUGAUGUUCCCUGUCUGGACUCUGCCCCCGGUCCUGACGGUGAUGCUGCCUCCUCUGCUGCCGCUCCGAGCUCUGCUCAGGGAUCAGGAGACAGUAGCCUGCUGCCUGAAGCCACGCAGGUUCCCUCCCUCUACCACCUCUUCCUGUCCACGGCUCUGGAGGACUUUGCUCUGAGACUUAAUGGCCUGAGAGAAGCGUUUGCUGUUUUGCUCGCCAAGGAACAGGGUGCCAAUUUCGUCUUCGUCGCCGGGAAGAUGAUCUUGCGCAACGUGGCCACUCUCAGCGGAAAGGAUGCUGGUGUGUUUCAGCAGGAGUUUGACCAGCUGCUGGCCUUCCUCCAGUCUCACACCAUUGAGACGGAGCUGCUGGAGGUUGGGAUUCACAGUGUCAACUUGCUGGACGUGGUCUUUGAGAUGGUGUUCUUCGGGGAGCUUGAAGGGGCUCGUGCCAGGCUGGUCCCUCGGGCACAGGGUGGGUUCCUGGAUCAUCUGGUGACAGUGAUCCAUGCCUUCCUGCCCUCUGAGGUUUGGCCACACCAGGCGGCAAGAUGCUGGGAGCUGCUGCGGGCUGACGUGCUGGUCUUCCUGGUGGACAUCUUCUCCCUGGACCUGAGCGUCUACAGCCGACCACAGGACCUCUCAGAUGUGCUCUUCAGCUGCCUGGAGCAGCGCGUGGACCAGCUGCUGAGCAGGAUGCCUGCUCCCUAAUAUCCUUUU